UAUUAAAUGAUUUUAUUGUAUUCUUUUUCAUUUAAUAUGACAGUUGAUUCAGCUGUAAUGAUCUAUGAGUGUACCUCUUGCAGUGGCUCUACAGUUUUCCAGCAUUCAGAGUGGUAAGAAUUUUAAGAACAGGAUUUUUUUUAAAUGUCAUUACUAUGUACAAAGCUCAUGUUAUAUGUUUUUCCUUGAUCCAGCAACCACAGCCAAACUGGUCUGUUAUUUCACUAACUGGUCAAGGUACAGAACUGGUGUGGGAAAGUUCUUGCCGGAAAACAUGGACCCUUUCCUCUGUACCCAUCUAGUUUAUGCCUUCGCUGUCAUUAACCAUGCCAAUGAAAUCACUGAGUAUGAGUGGAAUGAGAAAACUCUCUACAAAUCUUUCACUGGACUCAAAAACAGAAAUCCCAGGCUGAAGACUUUACUGUCAGUUAGAGAGGAGAGCAACGGAUCUCAGUUCUCUGUCAUGGUCUCCACUCCAGCUAACCGUCAGACAUUCAUCCAAUCUUCGAUCAAAUUCCUGAGGACUCAUGGAUUUGAUGGUCUGGAUCUGGACUGGGAAUACUCUGGAGUUGGAGACAAGAGUUGGUUUACUCUCCUCUGCAAGGAGCUUUCAGAGGCCUAUGAAGUUGAGAAUGAAGGAACACAACUGAUGCUCUCUGCAGCUAUGGCUCCACAGACAGGUGUUACUGAUAAAGGAUAUGAAAUCUCUAAGAUAUCAAAGUACCUAGACUUCAUCAGUGUUAAGACUUUUGAUCUCCAUGGUAGUGAAGAUAAAGUGACAGCCCACCACAGUCCACUCUACAGUGGAAACAAUGCCAACAUAGAUUAUGUUAUGCGGUACUGGAUAGACCAUCAAGCCCCAGCAGGAAAGUUGUUGCUAGGCUGUCCGAUGCAUGCUCGUUCCUUCAUGCUAUCCACCACAGCAACAGGCCUGGGGGCUCCAGUCCGCAGGCCUGCCAGCCCUGGGCCCUACACCCAGAAGAAUGGUGUAUGGUCUUACUAUGAGACCUGUUCCUUCUUGAAAGGCUCCUCGGUUCAAUGGAUUGAUGGUCAGAAAGUUCCCUUUGCUGUCAAAGGUAAUCAGUGGGUUGGCUUUGAUAACCAAAGGAGCAUUGAUGCCAAGGUGGACUAUCUGAAGAGCAGGCAGCUGGGAGGAGCUGUUGUAUGGACUGUGGAUAUGGAUGACUUCUCUGGACAGUUCUGUGGACAGGGCAAAUAUCCACUAAUAUCACAUCUAAAACAAAAACUCAGUGAUGACUGGACAACAGAGGGUACAACCAUCAUUAUGACUCUCCCACCAACCUCUUCUUCUACUUCUGAAAGCACACAACCCACACAGGAGCAGUUUACCACCUCCAGCAGCACAGCAAAACCAAACGACAGCUGCUUCCAGAACAUCACCGUUGUGUAUCCUGACAGCAGCUUCUGCACACGCAAAGUUGACGGACUGUAUGUACUAUCAGACAAGCCAAAAGCAUUCUAUAGAUGUGUGCAGAGGAAGACAUACGUAACAAAAUGUCACACUCUGGGAAAUGAAUACAGCAAUGCAGUUAUGAUUAUACCAUCAAAGGACUUACUUACAUUCAGCUUUUUAAUAGCAAUUCUGGUCCAUUUGUUAAGUGUGUGGAGUAACAGGUAAUUUUGUUUUGUAUGGAUUAAGUUUACGGUAAGUUAAACAUGUGGUUUACGAUGAAAGAAAAAAAUGAUAUAAAAGUGUAAACCUUUUAAAACUACCAAUCAGUCCCAGUGAGGCAAAUCACAUUUAUUUAGGUCAUUCAAGUAAGUGUUUACAUAAAUGAACCGGAAUUUAGACUUAGGCAUACACUAUUGUCAACUUGGUCAGCUUUAAAGUCAAAUGUCUACUGAGCUAAUGGGGAAACACUGUAAACAAAAGAUGCUUAAUUGCAACUGCAAAAAAAAAAAAAAAAAGAUCUUGGCACAGUGGUUUAUGUUUAUGUUCACUUUAACUCAUUUUUCAGCCUCAUAACUGGUGUUCUGUCUUUAGGAUUAUGCACAUAUGGAAUGUUAUAAAUCAAGACGUGUUUCAUCUCAUGGUACGUUGCCUGUGUGGUUUGGUGUCACUGCUCUCAUUAACCCCUGCAGGCAGUUGUUGUGGUAAAGCUUUGGUAAACAUACUGCUCAGUACUGCAUAUUGCCAAAUGGCUGAGUUAGUGGGCUGGUAAACACAAAUAUCUAACAAGCUUAAAAAACAGAUAUGUUUGUCAGGAUUCAGUGGUGACGAAAGCAGAACUAACAGGAUCAUGAAUACUGGAUUUUCUUUGGGUUGCCAGAAACAGGACUCCCAGUGAAUGCUGAUGUUGCUCUGUGUGUACUGGAUGUGAAAAUAGGCAGCUGGUUGCUGAGUUGUUUGCCAUAUCAUCAUUUUGAACUGGGAAUAUUUUGCUGUGUACAAGUUGGCUUGUUUUGAUUGCAACACCUAGAGGUUAAAAAUAAAACAAUACAACUUUGAGUGUAAUUGCUUUACUACUCUCAGAUAUCAUUAUUGUUUUAAGUGUUGUAUUUACUCGAUUCAUAGGUACUGUUAUUGGGAUGGUUUUUGGUGGUAAUGGUAGUUAGCUAAGUGACCUAACUACCUUCCUUUCACUAACUGUUCAGUAAGAAAACCAACUAAUAUCUAUUGUUGUUGUUACUUUUGCAUUUUGAACAAUAAAUAUCGCAUUCUGUAAAUUGUAAAUCUGCUACAAUAUCAGUCAUGUGAUUAAUUGCACGUUUGUUGAUUUUUUUUAUGAUCUUUUAUGGACCCUCUGAAUGAGUCACAAACUUAUUGUCGAUUUGCCACCACAAACAAUGUUAUCUUAAGGUGGAUUUUUCCUUUAAAUGAUUGUGCUCUUGAAUCGCAGAGAAACGCGAAAGUGCUUUCUGGGAAGCGAAGUUUUAUUUGA